UCCUAAUCGUUCCCCACACUAUUAUUUUUUCCAAAAAGAUCAAACAUCAAACAUCAACGCAAAGAAACACCAAAAGCCAAGCUAGCUAGCAAUAUUACAGAAAGAAAGAAAGAAAGAGUUUAGAGAGAGAGAGAGAGAGAGAGAGAGAGUGAGAGAGAAGUUAAUCAUCAGAUGGGGUUCGAAGAGACAGAGCUGAGGCUAGGGUUGCCGGGUGGUGGUGGCGGCGGCGUCCGUGAUGGAGAUCAGGUGAUCGUGAUGAGGAAGAGAGGGUUUUCUGAAACUGAGAGUGAUAUUAGUACUGAUACUAGUACUUGUGUGGAUUUGAAGCUUAAUCUUUCUAGUAAUUCUAAGGAGGCAAAUAGUACUGGUGGGAAAGAUGGCAGUGCUGAAAAGUCCAAGACCAACAAGGAGAAGAACAACAACCUUGAUUUCCCGGCUUCCGAUCCAGCAAAGCCUCCUGCUGCCAAGGCACAAGUUGUGGGUUGGCCACCGGUGCGAUCUUUUCGAAAGAACAUGUUCACGGCGGUGCAAAAGAGCACGAAUGACGGAGAAAGUGAGCAGAUGAACAAGGUCGGCAAUAACAAUGCAGUUUUGGUGAAGGUUAGCAUGGAUGGUGCACCAUACCUUCGCAAGGUCGACUUGAAGAUGUACAAGAGUUACCCUGAGCUCUCUGAUGCCCUAGCCAAAAUGUUCAGCUCCUUCACCAUUGGAAAUUGUGGAUCCGAAGGAAUGAAGGACUUCAUGAAUGAGAGCAAGCUGAUGGAUGUUCUCAACGGUUCUGAUUACAUUCCAACAUAUGAAGACAAGGAUGGUGAUUGGAUGCUGGUUGGCGAUGUGCCAUGGGAAAUGUUUGUUGAAUCAUGCAAGAGAUUGCGCAUAAUGAAGAGCAAGGAGGCUGUUGGACUAGCACCAAGGGCCAUGGAGAAAUGCAAGAACAGGAGCUGAAGUACUAGUAACGAAUGAUCAUCACAGCCUGCUCCUUUGAUCUCGUCGCGGUCACGGAAAAUCAAAUCGAAAACCACCGGAAACGCGCAGAUGGAUUGAGCAGGUUGUUCGAAUGAUUGGAUACGUUUGUUUGUAAUAUUAAUGUUAUGGUUUGAUCAUUAUAUGUGUAAUUAUAUAAAGUGAGAUACUUAAAAUUUGAGUUUUUAUCAUGGACAGAACCAUUUAAACUCGAUCGAACGAUCUUUCUUAAGUACGCUCAAGGACGGCUUGGUGUUUGCUUGUUUAGUAUUAAUAAUUGGCUUGCUUAAGCAUAAUAAUGUAAUGCAUCAGUUAAUUAUGUGGUUAA